ACUCCUUUCCAUGAGCGCGAAUGAACUCUCUCCGGGGCAAGUACCUGAUCAGGCGUGACGGCACCACCAUCACGGCCGACGCCGCGCUGCGCUUCAAGCGCCUCAUCUGCCUCUACUUCGCGGCCCAGUGGUGUCCACCCUGCCUGACCUUCACGCCAAUACUGGCCGACGCCUACCGCGAGGCCAAGAACCAAGGACUGCCCAUCGAGGUAGUGUACGUGUCCUCGGACCGAAGCGAGGACGAAAUGAACGCCUUCCUGAACAGCACCGACGAAAACUGGCCUGCGCUCCCCUACGGUGACAAACUGCAGUUCGCUCUCAAGGCCCGGUACAAGAUCGCUGGUAUACCGGCGCUGGUUGUACUCAGAGCCGACGGGAGCCUGGUGUGCGCCAACGGCAGGCCUGAUAUCAUGGCCAAGUCCCACCUGGCGUUCAGGGACUGGCUCUGUCCCACCUGAAGGAAGGUCGAACAUACGAAAAUAAAUCCUACGUGUCUUGUUUUUGC